AUGCAAUUCCCAAAGUUGAGCCAACUUCAAUCUCGCUUUGCAGUCUCACUGGGUGGGACGAUACUUCUACUCUUGAUAUACUUGUCCCUCAGCAAACCGAGCUUUGCGUAUGCGGCCGAGUUAGAAGUAAGAACACAGUCUGGUUACGACUAUCCGAUCCUUCUCGACGAUCUCUGGACCAACGAAGAAUAUUCCGAACCGGGUGAAGGUGACGAGCAAGAUGUUGAGAUAUGGAUCAAGAGAGCACCGGAAGGUGUUAGUUCCUUGCCGAACAAUGCACCGCAAAAUAUGAACAUUGAAUCUGGUGUAACGCAGAACUGGGUGUUUGCAAAGGAAGACAUAGAAGGACCUCAUGGUGUCAAAGGUGUAGGAUUACCCUCUGAUGUUACGGUGACUGGCAACAUGAGUGAUGAUGGAGUGCGAAUGGAGUUAAAGAGACAGUCCUCGACCUCAAUAUGGAUUACAGUCAAUACAUGUCUUCAGCCUGCAUUGGAGGACACCAAUGCUAUUCCGCAGCAACUCCAGCUCUAUUACUCAACCUCGCCUGACAUUGACAAGCCAGGUACAGGGACUGGUGGCAUUCAGGUAGAGUUCGAAGGUGGGUAUGGUAUUAUUGAGCUUGAAGUUGACAACGAUGUGUACGUGGGGAUAUCUGCACCCAAUACCUCAGACUUUUCAGGACUCUGGAACUACGAGAUUGCGGCCAGCAAUGACGCGCCUUACCAUUACUGGUCGAAUGAAACAGACCUGCUCUUCGUGGAUGGGGACAAUCAUGCUGCGCUUCUUGUGACACCAGACUUGGACAAUGCAUCGUCUAAUGUGUUCCAGGAUUGGAUGUCUCUGAGCCCUGCUCCAUACGGCAUGUUCGCCCACGACCAGAAAAAUCUCUCCAUCAAAGGCGUGUCGCGAUCUUAUUGCGGCCUUCUACAUAAUGCUAAGCUUACGGCCAAUAUUCCGGAAAUUUUAAACAACAAUGUUGGCACAAUGACGAGCCGCGGUAUAGGUGGUGCGCCGAAAGAGCAGUUCUAUAUCUCUGCCCUGAACGCAAGCAGCAGUUACUACGGCUGGCUUGCAAUGUCAGGCAAUUCCACGGCGCAUGGUGCAGGGGUUAUAGGUGGUGGUGGUAGAGUAUGGUCGAAUGUGACCUUUCGCACCAAAGCCUCUGAUAAUUGUGCCUUGAUGUACAACCUCACUUUCUGCUCCGAAGUGGCUUACGCUGUACCAUCCAAUCCGGAACGAUAUAGUCCUCUCGAUGGCUUGCCAGAUCUUGCAGCAGUAUAUGACAGCUAUGCUUCGCAGAUGUAUCAGUACUUUAACUACAGUCUCCAGCAAAUACCUUGCAAUACCACUGCCUCGGCACAAUACUCUUUAGCUCGAAACUGCGACCAUUGUGCUAGUGCGUAUAAGCAGUGGCUUUGCGCUGUGACUAUCCCUCGCUGUGAGGAUUGGGACAACAACGAAGAUUAUCUCCAGCCACGAAACGUUGCAGCUAAUUUCACGAAUGGCACAAUACCAGCAUGGGUUCUGAAUCCAAGUUCGCAGGACCAAAUUCUCCUAAAUUCUGUUCAGUCAAACAGCAGCCGCAAUGCCCAGAUUAUCGACAGUGUCAUCGAGCCUGGACCAUACAAAGAAGUCCUUCCAUGUAUUGAUCUGUGUUACGACCUUGUACAAUCUUGUCCCGCUGCACUUGGCUUCGGAUGUCCACAAGGUAAAUACCAGAACCAGUCCUACCAGGUCCGCGAUCCAGACUCUGGAGUACUCAGAUGCAGCUACCUGGGCGCUGCAUAUUAUCUCAACGACGGACAUAAAGCUAAAGACUCCAUGAUGGGCAAUAGGAUGGGUUGGAUGAGUUUACUUAUCACAGUGUUGGUCUUAGUGUUCUAG